AUGGCUACCACCAAAGCCAUCGUUGUGGUGCAGUUGAAGGUUGCAGCGGUCCGCGACGUGCUCAUGCCUAUAGUGCAUGACGACUGGGUGCUCGUCAAAGUUAAAGCGGUUGGCAUCAACCCCACCGACUGGAAGCACAUCAGUUAUGGAGCUGCGGAUAUCGGGUGCAGGGUGGGAUGCGAUUACGCCGGCGUUGUGGAGGAGGUUGGGAGUAAAGUCUCCAACUUCGUAAAAGGUGAUCGUAUCACGGGCUGGAUUCAUGGCUCAAAUCGAGCCAACCAUGAAUCGGGAGCAUUUGCCGAGUAUGCCAUUGCAAAGGCUUCCGUCCAGAGGAAAAUUCCCGACAAUUUGAGCUUUGAAGAAGCGGCAACCUUGGGGGUUGCCAUCAUGACCGUUGGACAAGGCAUGUAUAAGAACCUCCAACUGCCAUUGCCCACGGAGCCAUGCAAAGAAGCCUUUCCUCUUCUCAUCUACGGCGGGAGCACCGCGACAGGCAUGGCCGGCAUCCAGUUCGCCAAGCUCUCCGGCCUAACCGUCAUUACGACCUGCUCCCCUCGCAACUUUGACUUGGUGAAACGCCUAGGGGCCGAUGCCGUCUUCGACUACAAGUCCCCAACCUGCGCCGCGGAGAUCAAACUGCUGACCAAAAACCGCCUGACGCAUGCAUAG